CGGGGGACCUCUCAUUAGCAUAAACCACACCCAGAGGGCUGUGCGUUAGCAUAAACCACGCCCGGAAUGAAGUACAUUAGCAUAAACCACGCCCAGAAAUGAAGGGUAUUAGCAUAAACCACGCCCCGAGCCGCGGCGCGCCAGCCCUGGAGCUCUCAUUUCCAUAAACCACGCCCCACCACGGAACCAGCGACAAUCCACGGCCCGAAGCUGCGCCCGCCACGCCCCCCAGGCGCUUCCUCCCGCCCGCCAGGGGGCGCCGCUGCGGAGCGGCCGCGCUUCUUCCGGGUGGAAGGGGGGGCGCUCCUGGUCACGUGAGGCGGCGCGGGGGUCACGUGGGGCGGCGGGGCCGUCAUGGCGGCGGCGGCGGCGGCGGCGGGGAAGGAGGAGGAGGCGCGGCGGCUGCUGAGCGAGGCGGAGCGGAAGGUCCGGGGCGCGCAGUCCUUCCUCGGGGGCCUCUUCGGGGGCUCCUCACGCCUGGAGGAGGCCUGCGAGUGCUACGCCCGCGCCGCCAACCUCUUCAAGAUGGCCAAAAACUGGAGCCAGGCGGGCUGGGCGUUCUCCCGCGCUGCCCAGCUCCAGCUCCAGCUCCAGAGCAAACACGACGCCGCCUCCAACCUCGUGGACGCCGGCAACGCCUUCAGGAAAGCGGAUCCACAGGAGGCUGUCACGUGCCUGCUGCGCGCCAUCGAGAUCUACACGGACAUGGGCCGUUUCACCAUCGCUGCCAAGCACCACAUCUCCAUCGCCGAGAUCUACGAGAGCGACCUGCUGGACAUCGAGAAGGCCGUCGCCCACUACGAGCAGGCGGCCGAUUACUACAAAGGGGAGGAAUCCACCAGCUCAGCCAAUAAGUGCCUGCUGAAGGUGGCGGCGUACGCGGCGCAGCUGGAGCAGUUCCCGCGCGCCAUCGACAUCUACGAGCAGGUGGGGGCGGUGGCCAUGGACAGCCCCUUGCUCAAGUACAGCGCCAAGGAGCAUUUCUUCAGGGCAGCCCUGUGCCACUUCUGCGUGGACAUGCUCAACGCCAAGCUGGCCGUGCAGCGCUACGAGGAGAUGUUCCCGGCCUUCUCCGACUGCCGCGAGUGCAAACUCAUCAAGAAGCUCCUGGAGGCGCACGAGGAGCAGAACGUGGACGCCUUCACGGACGCCGUGAAGGAGUUCGACGCCGUGUCCCGCCUGGACCAGUGGCUGACGUCGCUGCUGCUGCGCAUCAAGAGGAGCAUCCCGGGCGAGGAGCAGGACCUGCGCUGAGCCCCCAAAAUACCCCGAAAACGGCCCGAAAAUACCCCAAAAUGGCCCAAAAACGGCCCAAAAAAUGCCCCAAAAACGGCCCGAAAAUACCCCAAAAUGGCCUGAAAACGGCCCAAAAAAUACCCCGAAAACGGCCCGAAAAUACCCCAAAAUGGCCUGAAAAAUGCCCAAAAAAUACCCCAAAAAUGCCCCGAAAACGGCCCGAAAAUACCCCAAAAUGGCCCGAAAAAUGCCCCGAAAACGGCCCGAAAAUACCCCAAAAUGGCCUGAAAACGGCCCAAAAAAUACCCCGAAAACGGCCCGAAAAUACCCCAAAAUGGCCCGAAAAAUGCCCAAAAAAUACCCCGAAAAUGGCCCAAAACCGGCCCAAAAAAUACCCUGAAAACGGCCCAAAAAUGCCCCGAAAACGGCCUGAAAAUACCCCAAAAUGGCCCGAAAAAAUGCCCCGAAAACGGCCUGAAAAUACCCCAAAAAUGGCCCAAAAAAUACCCCGAAAAUGGCCCAAAAAUACCCCAAAAAUGGCCCAAAAACGGCCCAAAAAAUACCCCGAAAACGGCCUGAAAAUACCCCAAAAUGGCCCCCAAAAAUGCCCCGAAAACGGCCCGAAAAUGCCCCGAAAACAGCCUGAAAAUACCCCAAAAAUGGCCCGAAAAACGGCCCAAAAAAUACCCCGAAAACGGCCCGAAAAUACCCCAAAAAUGCCCCGAAAACAGCCCGAAAACGGCCCAAAAAUGGCCCAAAAAUACCCCAAAAAUACCCCAAAAACGGCCAAAAAAUGCCCCAAAAAUGGCCCAAAAAUACCCCAAAAACGGCCAAAAAAUGCCCCAAAAACGGCCCAAAACCACCAAAAAAAUACCCUGAAAACGCCCCAAAAAAUGGCCAAAAAACACCCCGAAAAUGCCCCAAAAACGGCUCAAAAGAUACCCAAAAAACGCCGCAAAAAUCCCAGAAAAAAACCCAAAAAUCCGCUGAAAAACCCUCGGAAAAAAAUCCCCAAAAAACCCAAAAAUCCCCGAAAAAAACCCCAAAAUCAGCUGAGAAAUCCCAAAAUCCCCCAAAUUCCCCCCGGCCGGGCCCUUCUGGAACAUUCCUGCCCCUGCUGCGCGGCCCGGGGGACCCCGAUUAAAGAUGGCCGGCUUUGGCCUUGGGGCGUGGC